UUCAUGACAGGGACCGCAAUCGCCACCCAAGCCGCUCCUCCGCUGGGUGUCAGUCAGGAGGCGGACCUCCACAAAAUAAAGGAGAAAGAAAAUCCCCGCUCGAUACGAUUCGAGUCAGUCUUCAUCACGCAGCGACGGCGGACUGAGAGCCGCAGCCAGGCCACCGGCUAGAAAAAGGUAGCGGCACUCAGACUUGCGGAACUCCGUUUUAAUUCGGGCUCCGCGAUGUUGGAGAGCGGAGGCGGCAAGGUGCUCAAGGAGGGGCUGCUAGAGAAGCGCAGCGACGGGCUGCUUCAGCUCUGGAAGAAGAAGCGCUGCGUGCUCAGCGAGGAGGGUCUCCUCCUGCACCCGCCCAAACAGCACGACCCGCAGGAGCUCGCCGAGCUGGGCAGGAUCAAGGAAUUGCACUUCUCCAACAUGAAGACCGUCGACUGCGUGGAGAGGAAAGGCAAAUACGUCUACUUCACGGUGGUCAUGACAGGGGGCAAGGAGAUCGACUUCAGAUGUCCGCAGGAUGAAGGCUGGAAUGCCGAGAUCACGUUGCAGAUGGUGCACUACAAGAACCGGCAGGCCAUCCUUGCCGUGAAAUCCACCCGGCAAAAGCAGCAGCACUUAGUGGUCCAGCAGGGGGUCGGCAUACGGGACUCACUUAACGCCGCCUGACGGUCACCACUGAAGGGGAUUCCGCGUAGCUCCUCAGAGACUUACUUAAGGGAGAACAUUCCACCUUAAACGAAGGCGCCAAAACUACAAGACACCCGGAACUCCAAUGGGAUUUUUACAAACGCGGCAUCGGGAAAGCUGCUGCAUUUGAAGCCAUACGGUAUCCAGCGGCUGCCCACGACUGGACGGCUGGGUCCGAAGCAUGGAAGGAAACUUUCCGUCGUGUUUCAGUGCAUUGUUGUUUUAUUUGCUCUAUUUAUUACUGCUGUGCGUGACACGGGAAUGAAUGGCAGGACGUGCGGUGACGGCUGCACGGGAACAGGAUGGACGGGGGACGCCGUGCAGGAUUCAUCAAAUCACCGGGGUGUGUGGGCUCGUAAAAAGGUAAAGAAAGAAAUCCGAAAAGCUUAUCAAGGAAUACACCGUGAACACAAAUACCAUGUUAUAGAAUACAAAACUGGCAUUAGUCUAUGUUUAUUUAUUAAUUAAAAUGUAAUGAUUUCGCGCAAAAUUGAAAUGAGUAUGUGUAAUACAAUUUAAAAAAAGAAUGGACUACUUUACUCCGGAAUAUGACGGGCCCUAAUGAGACUACGUAUAGCCCAGCUCCAGUGCUGUUUGUUUGCUUGAACUCUUUACAAAUAUUAAACAUUUAACAUUCUGGUUUAAAAAUGCACAAUAAAGAAAUACACGACAUGCAUUGUUCGUGUUUAGUCCCUGUUGAAGUCUCGAACGCAUUACAAGAUUUGGUGAAUUUCUGAUAACUGGAUAAGCAAAAGUGAAAACUGCUCGACGCAGAUGCUCGCCCACCAUUCUUACCGCAUAAAGUCACCGAGUCUAUUGGGCGAAAAAAAAAAGCUUUGCACCGUAAACCGUCAGGGUAGGCUCUCCGUUGAUGAGAUCAAAUGUUAUUAUGACUGCGGAUUGUGGGUAAGUGCCCAGGGAUGCUUAAAAGAAAAUUAAUAAAUAAAGACGCAAAUAAUUAAAACUAUUAUGAAAUGUGACAAGAAAUAAAUGACAAUAUGAAAUGUGAGCAUAAAUAAUUAAAUGAGUCAUGGCUGGCAUAUAUAUUUCAACUUAUAUAUUUAUUACAUAUUUGUUUAUUUCAAUAACACCGAACACAUGACACGAAACUGCCAAUUUUACCCGUCAAAGUUGUAAGGGCGGGUUCUACUGAGUGCUGUGUUUUGAUUGGUGAGUCGCCCGUAAAAUAGACGUUAAGUCUUCAGGCAUCAAGUGCCACAUUUCCAGCAGGCAGGCACUUAAGACGACAGCUCCUAUUGCUGAAUUCCGAGUUUCUGGAAUUAGCCGCUUCGUGCACUAAUUCCAGGUGAUAUUUUCUUGCGCGUUUACCUGCUACAACUUUGAGCAUCAAGAGGAGCCGCAGGAAUCGUAAGUCAAACAAAGUGCGCACAUUCACUCUGCGGACAAUUGACCAAUCAAAAAUCAGUACUUACACGGACCCGCCCCCUCCAAGCCUGACGUGUGAAAGUGACAGUUUUCAUUUCCUGGCAAAUUCCAUGUAAAGUGCAUGUCACUGAAAUAAAUACAUGAACAAAUAAUUACAUACAUAUCUGAAGAAUCAAACAACAAACAUAUUCUGUGACACAUUUAAUUAUCUAUACUCACAUUUCAUGUUAAUUAUUGUCUUGUUUCACAGUACGUUUAUUUAUUUGCAUAUUUACUUAUUUUAUCCAAAAUAUUCCUUCGUAGGUAAGGAUUCUUAGUUCUUUGGAUUGAUUGAAAUUCAUGUAAUGUUAAGGUUACAAAUGUGAAUAUGCAAAUGAUUCUCAAAAUAGAAGAAAUGAGCACCAUAAACGAGGUGUUAGGGAUUGCAUUGCGUAUAUGUAUCAAGGUUAAUUUCCCUGUUAUAUCAGAAAAUAUUAUGUCAACUGGUUAUGUAAACUGGGAAGCUCUUUGUACAUAUGUAAAUUUUUAUUUUAAAUAAAAGUACCAUUUCCAUUUA